GAAUAAAACGAAGAGAGAUAGAGAUUGAGGAAACUGUGAGAGAAUUUGUGUGUGGGUUUCAUUUCUCUCUUCACUUAGCUCCGACGAUUCUUUGCUCUUGCCUGUUUCUUGGAUUUGAUAUUGAUUCAUCGAAGGCCUCUCAUUCUCGUGUUUGCGAAGCUCUGACGGCGCCGGCUCACGGAUAGCGUCGAUUUGGGUGGGGAAUCUGAUUACUUAAUUUGUUGGAUCGUGAAGGAUCUAUAGAAUUCAGAACGUCGUAUUGAGCUUGGUCUCUUGUGGACCUUCUCUCCUGCCCCGAGGGGAGGGGGAGGGGGGAGGAGGUGCACCUUUCACAGAUUUCGUUUAACUGUUGGAAUUUGUUCUUGAGGGCGAAUGAGGAUCUCGUUCCGAUCAUUUGUUUGCUUACACGAUGAAGUGAUAAUCAGGUGCUGUGAGUCUGGAGAAAUGGAUCUGUAGUUGUAGCUUUCGGCUGCAUCUUUUUGUCUGUGGUGUUUUUCGAUCUCAGAGCUUUGUUUCUUUGAGAAAGAUGGCCGGAAUUGAUGCUUCCUCUAUCAAUUAAUGAUUAUUCGGGGUCCUAGACUCUGGUUUCCUUGAACCAGCAUUCUGUUUUGAGUUUGCAAUUUUCUUGGGAGGGAAUUCGUUUCUCUUCCUUGGCCAUUUCAGUCGUUGGCAGCAAGCACGUCCUCCUUUUUUUGUUCAUUGUUUAAUGUCACGGAAGUUGGACAGUCCAGUUCAGACUCAAAUGGCAGUUGCAGCACUCAAGAGCCCACUCAGCCGGGAUUACCGUGCAAGAAAUGGAAUGGAAGAAAAGCUACCCGUUGGAAGGAGACAAGUUUUUGUCCAAACUGACUCAGGAUGUGUACUGGGAAUGGAAUUAGAUCGCAACGACAAUGCUCAUACGGUGAAAAGGAGAUUGCAGAUUGCCCUCAAUAUUCCGACCGAGGAGAGCUCGCUGACAUUUGGGGAUGUGAUUCUAAAGAAUGAUCUUACUGCCAUUCGAAGUGAUUCUCCUCUUCUUCUCACGAGAAAUCUGAUGCAUAGAAGCUCAUCUACUCCAUGUCUCUCGCCCACUGGGAAGGAUCUCCGACUUCGAGACCAGAGUGGACCUAUUGAGAUAUUGGGGCAUUCAGAGCGUUUUUCUGGCACGAGACGGUUGGUCAAAGAGAUUGUGAAAGCUAUUAAGUUGGGUAUUGAUCCAAUUCCUGUUCAUAGUGGGCUUGGUGGUGCUUACUACUUUAGGAAUGGGAAAGGUGAAAGUGUUGCAAUUGUGAAGCCAACUGAUGAAGAACCUUUUGCACCAAAUAAUCCAAAAGGUUUUGUUGGUAAAGCUCUUGGACAGCCAGGAUUUAAACGUUCUGUGCGUGUUGGGGAGACCGGAUUCAGAGAAGUUGCAGCAUAUCUUCUUGACUAUGAGCAUUUUGCAAACGUGCCUCCGACAGCCUUGGUGAAGAUCACUCAUUCAAUCUUUAAUGUGAAUGAUUGGGUGAAUGGUAACAAGCCUCACAAGAAGAAGUCAGUCAGUAAAAUUGCUUCUUUCCAACAGUUCAUUCCACAUGAUUUUGAUGCUAGUGAUCAUGGGACUUCUAGCUUCCCAGUUGCUGCUGUUCAUCGUAUAGGUAUCCUAGAUAUCAGGAUUUUUAAUACUGAUAGGCAUGCUGGGAAUCUCUUAGUUCGUAAACUUGAUGGAAUAGGAAGGUUUGGUCAAGUGGAGCUUAUUCCUAUAGAUCACGGUCUUUGUUUGCCGGAAACUUUAGAAGAUCCGUACUUUGAAUGGAUCCAUUGGCCUCAAGCGUCAAUCCCAUUUUCAGAGGAUGAGCUCAAGUAUAUUGAAAAUCUUAAUCCGAUCAAAGACUGUGAGAUGCUUCGGAUGGAGCUCCCCAUGAUUCGUGAUGCUUGCCUUCGGGUUUUGGUACUCUGUACAAUUUUUCUGAAGGAAGCUGCUGCUUGUGGUCUCUGUCUUGCUGAGAUUGGUGAGAUGAUGAGCAGGGAAUUUCGUAGUGGAGAGGAGGAACCCAGUGAACUUGAGCUAGUAUGUCUUGAGGCUAGGCAGAUCAUAGCAGAAAGGGAGCUCUGUUCUCCCGUUGAUGACUGGGGCAACGAUGAAUUCCAAUUCGACUUAGACUGCGAGGAGCGAGAAUUAGAUUAUAACUCAAGUGUGGCAGCGGAUCAGUGUUUGGGCUGGUCUCAUUACCAGUUUGGUGGACUUGGAGGCAUGCAUGGCCGCAAUCCACUCUCUAAGUUAGAGGAAAGCAUUGAAGAAGAGGGAGAAGAUAGUGCUGGGGAGGAGCAAGGAGAAACAGCAACCUUUCCACCUUCUGAACCCAUUUCUGCUGUGUCAAAGCUUUCCAUGUCUCUCAAGAACACCAUACUGGGUGAUAAGAACCAGAAACACCAGAAGUACCAGGUCUCAAAACCUGAAUAUGGAUACAUUACCAACACUUCUGCAGGGCACAGGAGUGCAAAUGAGCAGUUUCCUCCAAGUGUCAGCUUUGUGAAGCUCGGUGAUAUGAACGACGAAGAAUGGACCCUGUUUCUGGAUAAAUUUCCAGAGGUGCUCCGCCCAGCAUUUGCCAAACGCCAAUCUGCAGCGCUCGGGCAGAGGCAGAGGCAGAGGCUUGGUACUUCUUGCCAGUUUUGAGACGAUGAGGUUCAGUAUGUUGCUGUGAUAGAGAGCUUUAUAGUUUAUUAAAUAAUAGCGCAUUAGAAUUAUCGAAGUGAUCGCGACGACUCACUAUUAGGAUUGGCUUGCAUUGUGGGUUUUCAUCCUCGACAUCGAGCUACUCAUAGUUGGGGCUCAGUAAGAGGAGCUUGCUGUAUAUAUUCUUCUCAUCAGCUAAGUGAUAGUCUUGCUGGUAGAAUUGUUUGUAUUCCUUGGUAUUUUCUCUCCUACCCUUUCUUCCCUUUGACUUGUGAACUUGUUUGAUAAAUAAUUUGUAUGCAACUUGAAACCCUCAAAAAGGUGCAAUGUAAAUAGGGUACUCUAUGUUCUAUACCUGCCUUAACUUGA